UGGCUUGACUGUCAGUACAUAACCUUAAUUUAGUGUGAUAUCGUGUUUUCUCUUGGAUCAAAAAAUGCCAGUGAAUCUUGAAAAUCUUCCCUCAGUUCGUGAUUUCCUGUCCAAGGAGAAUGAAUACUUGGCCCUUCUGAAUAAUUCUGAAACCUGGGAUAAAAUUCCUCUGCUGAAACACUCAAAACUGCCAGAGAAUGGUAGUCUCGUGAGAUUCCGGGGAAUGAUUCAAGACAUGCUGGACCCAGAAUUCUUCCUGGAAGAGUAUGAGGUGAAAACCAAAGAUGGUCAUAGGAUUCAGGAUGGGCGAUUUGCGGAUUUCUUGCAGUAUAAUCAGGAUGAUGAGGAGGUCGAUAUUACAUGUGACAGCAACAAGCACGGUGAGAGACGAUCUCUAUUCUUAGUGACAAUCCCUGGUAUUAAUGAAUGGGCAGAUGAGUCCAAACAAGAGUCAUCAAAGCUGCCAGAAGUGGAAAAGUUGACCGUCAAUCCAGGGAAACGCCCUGAAGAUCAGGAAGAUGCUUCAUUGAAACGCCAGAAGCUGGAAGACGAUUCUAAAGCAGCUGAAGCAGUGUCCACCCAUCUGUCAUGUGAGUACCUAGUGAAUUCUCCACUCCCGGACCGUCCAAGUCAAGCCUGUUUAGUGAAAAUCUACAAGAAUUUUGAUAAAUUCCGUCUCAAUACGAUUUUGGAUGUUGUGGGCUUCCUAUCGGUGGAUCCUGGUCUCGAUGGAAGUACCGAAGAAGUUGCGGAUAUGAUGAAUCAAGAAGAGCAUAUUGUGAGGAAUCCUCCACCAUCACUCAUUCCCAGAUUGCAUGCAAUCUCCACGCGUGAAGUCCAGCAAGUAAAUCCCUUCGUCAGAGCUAUCGAAGGAGAGGAUUUUCAGGAUAUCUCUCGGGAUAUUCUGAUGAUGCUGACGCAGUGUCUCUUCGGAGAUGAGUUAGCAGGGAGAUAUUUGCUGGCCCAUCUCAUUUCUAGCAUCCAGAGCCGCGUGGGAAUGGAGAUAUUGGGAAAAAUGUGCCUCAAUCUCACAAAUAUUCCGGGAAUCUCUUCAGGAUACUCUAAAUCUCUCUAUGGGAUCCUCGAGGCGGUGCUCCCAGUGAGUUAUCGGCUCGAAAUGACUCUGGAGAAUCUCAAUGAUCGUCAAUUCAUGCCCAAGAAGGACUAUAAAACUGGAAAAUUAACUUCCGGACUCCUACAGCUGGCUCCAAGGACCAACUUGGUUAUCGAUGAGACGUGUCUGGAACCUGGACAGCUACAAUCAGGCGGGAUUGAGGCUGUGAAGAGCCUUGGUCACUUGAUAAGAAAUCAAUCUGUCGAAGCUGAUUUUCAGUUCUAUCGCCUGGAGUAUGAAUCCGAUGUCGCAGUUCUCAUUCUCAGCGAGGGUAAGAGCCUUCUUCCCAGUGACAUCAUGUUACCACUGAAGCCUGAUCCCAAAACACAAGAACACAUCGAGGAGACUUUCAAGGCAGCCCAUCAAUUCAUCCGAACGAAAUCCAAAGCUAUUAGAAGUUUUCUAUCUGUUCAGAAAGCUGCUCAGUUCGAUCUUGAUGGAAAUAUGCAAUCCACAAUCCAAGAAGAUCUUGUAGCAGUCAGAAAGGCCUUCAACGCGACUCCCGAGGAGCUUCACAACCUCCUGACUCUCUCCAGGCUUGUAGGAAAAUCUCUCGGAAAGAAGAAACUGUAUGCAGAUGUAUGGGAAUUGGCGAAGAAAAUGGAUGAAGAACGGAGAGAGAGAAUCCGGAAGUAAAAUGUUCUGUAAUUUUAUUCUUCUGCAAAUAUAUGAUAACUUUCUACUUAAA